AUGGAAGCCGAUGGAGGAGGCAGCGCUGCAGCAGCAGCAACAAACGGUAUUGCAGCAGCAGCAAACUAUGUUGCAGCGACACCAAACGGUGCUGCAGCAGCAGUAAACACUGUACCACCAGCAGCAGCAGAUGAUACUGCAGCAGCAGCAGGUCAAAUGGCAGCAGCAGCAGCAGACAGUGGAGUGCCAGCCGCAGCAGGUGAUACAGCAACAGCAGCAGCAGCAGGUGGUGUUGCAGCAGCAUCAACACAAGAUGCGGCAGCAGCAGCAGCAGGUGUGGGGCGUUGCUGCUGGCGUUGCAGUUUGCGUUUAAGGGGUUGCCGCGACCUGCAUCUUUAUUGUCUCUUUAAACCAGGUGUAUCUUCUGUAUGUGCAGCAGCAAAAGCAGACGCUGCAUUUGAGCUGUCUCCUCACCUCCCUCCGUCUCCACAGCAAAUGUUUACUGUCUCUCUUUGUAGCUGCGGAGGCGAGGCGGCGCCUCAGCCUGAUGCUGCUGCUGCUCCUGCUGCUGCUCCUGUUCCUGAUGCUGCAGCAGCAGCAGCAGCUGCUGCUGCUGCAGAAGGCUCUCCUUUGCCUGCAGAAGCAGCAGCUUGUCCUGAGUGUAGAGGGCUCUGCUGGAUAGACAACUGGGGGCCCCAAGGGGGCCCCUUGUGUUUGCUGCAGUUGCUGCGAACCUCAGCAGCAAACCCCCAGCAGCAGCAGCAGCAGCAGGAGCAGCAGUUGCCGCUGCAUGCAGUGGCACUCGCACGGUUGCUGCUGGCUGCGGGCCUCACGGGUAGAGCGCCCGAAGGUCUGCUGCAGCACUCCAGCCACCUUGCUGCAGAGCCCGCAGCAGAAGCAGGAGCAGCAGCAGCAGCUGCUGCUGCUGCUGCUGAUAAGUGCCUCUCCUUAGAGCCUAACUCCGCUUGGGCUGCUCUAAGCCGCCCCUUCUUUCAUCAACUCCUUACCGUGCAGCUUCCGGGGUGCCUUGCUGCUGAACCUGCAGCAGCAGCAGCAGCAGCAGCAGCAGCAGAUGGAGACGCAGCUGCAGCAGCUGCUGCGGAUGCAGAAGUGGUGUCUUUGAGGCAAUUCGUGAAGAUGCAGCUCCUCCUUGCGCUGCUGCGCUGCGGUGCUUCUCGUCUAGCGGCGAUGCAGCAGCUGCAGCAGCAGCAGCAGCAGCUAGCAGCAGCAGCAGCAGCAACAGAUUGGCCCGACUGGGCAGCAGCAGAAGCGUGCCUCCUUAGUGCUGUAAUUGCAUGCAAGACCCACGGCAACAGCAGCAAGAGUCCCUCAGUUGCUGCUGCUGCAGCAACUGCUGCAGCAACGGGAACAGCAGAUUGCAGUGUUGCAGCAGCAGCAGCAACAGCAGCAGCUAAGGCUGUUGCUGCAGCAAACGGGAAGGAGAUAUGCUGCGGGCAGCUUAGCGGCCUCACCUUCACUCUGAGGUCCCUCGUUAUUACUGGGAAGUACUCAAAGUUCACGCGCCUCCUCAGCCAGGCCGAGUGGAUCCUGGACAUGUCAGUGGAGGAGGCGUUGGGGCUGCCGCUGCAGCAAAUAUUUCAGGCGAAGUCCUUCAAGUUCAUGGCUGCAGGGAGGUCUCCUGAGGCCUUUCUGAGUGCUCUCCGCAAGGGCUGCUGCUGCAGCAGCAGCUGCAGCAGCAGCACAGGGAGCAGCAGCAGCAGCAGCAGCUGUGGAUGCUGUUGCUGCUGCUGCAUUUCGGCUGGUGCAGCAGCGGCUGACAAGCAACAAGAAGAGCCUUUGCCUUCCCCGAAGCGCUGCCGUACGUUGACUGCAGCAGCAGGGGCAGCAGCAGCAGCAGCAGCAGCAAAGGAUCCUGAGGACAUUGAUGAGGCGCUGCUGCUGCGCAUGCAGACAGAGGGAGGCAGCAAACUCCGCACACUUCCUCUUUGCUGCAGAGACACUGCCAGCAGUGCAGCGCACGUUGCUGCGCAGCUGCUGCAGCGGAGGAGACAGCAGCAGCAGCAGCAAGGUGUCAGUGGGGGAGCUGCUGAAGACAAAAGCAACAGCAGCAACAGCAGCAGGACGCGAUUGCAGCUCUGUUCUGCUUCACGUGUCCCUCUUGGGAAGGCCCUUAGCAGCAGCAACUGCAGUGGCAAGCCUAUAGCUGCAGCAGCAGCUGCUGCUGACUCUGCUGCAGCAGCAGCAGCAGCUGCUGCUGCUGCUGCUGUGACAGCGCAACAGCUGCAGUUUCACAGCAACAGCAAAGCCCUGCGGCUGGCCCUGCAGCUGGGAGCAGAAGAGAAGUUAAAGUGCUAUGAAGCACUGGUGUUUAGCUACCAGCCGCUGCAGCAGCAGCAGCUGCAGCAGCUGCAGCAGCAGCUGCAGCAGCAGCUGCAGCAGAAUGGAGGCCUGCAAAUCCAUCAGAAGACGCCGCUGCGGGUCCUUCAUAGGAGAUCGCUGGCAACCAGGUUGAGGCAGAUUGAGGCCCUCAGCUUUGAGCCGCUGAGCCCUCAUCUCUUCGUCUGCAGGCUGCAGACGCAAGCGGGCACUUAUAUAAAAGAGUUUGUGCAUGGAGACUUCGGGAGGACUUCGCCUAACCUCAGCAGCCUCUUAGGGGCCCCUCUCGAUCUGCUGCUGCUUGAUGUGCUCUCGCUGCAAUUCUAA